AGGGAGGAGACCUUUUACUUUAAAGGGUAGCGUAACUUCGUUUAGAAUAUAUGCGACAGAGGCUUAGAUGUUGGAAGAACAAUAACAAGUUUAUUCAGGCACAAGCUUGGUGGUUACUAUGUUGUUUCUCACGUAGAGGUAUUCUUAUUAACAGUUACAAUACUAGAAUGAGAUGAAUGAAACUCUAAAGUAUCACUUCUUUUACUUAAAUUAGUUAAAACCUAUUCCUCUGCUCCUUUCUAACUGUUACUUCAAAACUUGGACUAUCCAGUGACUUCAAACCACAGUCACCCCUGUGAUAUACUAUCACAGAUUCUCUGUGCCUUACCAAGUCACAGACUACAUUAAAUAAGUCACCAAACUUAUUUAAAACCGACUCAAAAUGAACAAUUGAGUCUCCUUGAUCCCAUCAACUUGGAAUCAAUCUUCCCUGUGCCUCAUCAGAGCACAGACUGACUCUCUUUUUUAAACUCUGCACUUCAACUAAACGGCAGUUGGCUCCGCCUACUUCUCCAUGGCAACCAGCCAUGGCAACCAGUACAGAGAUGCAAUAACUGUAAUACUUACCCUUUUAACAUCUAUAAACCAAAAUUCGUACUUCAUUACAUGGUUAUAAUUGAAUCCUAUACUUGGAAGAAUCCCUUCCCUUCCUACUGAAGCACCAUCUGAUCCUUCCCGACAGAGGUCCACCCAGCCUCUGCUUCAAAAGAGAAAGAGAUGCAAUCACCAUUAACUAUUGUUAUUGAAUACUAGAGUUGGAGGGAUUCCCCCAAAGAUGGCUAUCCAAUCCCUUCUGUCACACAGGAAAAGCACCAUCCGAUCCCUCCCUAUAGAAGGCCAUCCAUCCAGCCUCUGCUUAAAAACCUCUAGAGAAGGAGAUGCCAUCAUCAUUAUCUAUUAUUAAUAUUGAAUGUUAGAGUUGGAGUAGACCCUCUCCGAUCCCAACCCUUUGUUCUGUCAUUGAGGCACCAUCCAAUCCCUCCCAACAGAUGGCCACCCAGCCUCUGCUUAAAAAGCUCUAGAGAAGGAGAUUCAAUCAUCAUUAGAUAUUAUUAUUGACACAACAUAGUAUGACACAGCAAACUAGAUAUUAUUAUUAUUGUAUUAUUAUUAUUGAAUGCUAGAGUUGGAGGGGACCCCCCUCCAAAAAAGUCUCUCCUGUCCCAACCCUGUUUUGCCAUUGAGGCACCAUCCAAUCCCUCCCAACAGAUGGCCAUUCAGCCUCUGCUUAAAAACCUUAUUAUUGAGUUGGAAGGGAUCCCCUUUUUCCAACUCCAGGAUUGGCGUUGUUGCCUUUGUCAUCCCAGCAUGGCAAAAAAACAAAACAAAAGUGCCAGAUGAAAUGCAUAAAAAGAGCCAGAGAUGAUGGGCUCUUUUUAUGCAGGACUAUGGAAGAGCGUGGCCACCAGGGGGCGCCAGAGAACCAUCAUGAAAAUUGGCAUUCCAUUCACUGGAGGGCCAAAUAAUAAUAAUAGUAAUAAUAAUAGUAAUUAUUACUAUCAUAAUUAUUACUAUUCCGAUCCGCACAUGUUAUUCGCCGAUACAUCACACAGUCCUAGACACUCGGGAAGUGUCCGACGUGAUCCAGUACAAAAGUCAGCAUAGUGAUCUUGUUUGCUGUGGAUUAUCUUGUGUAUCUAACAACAACAAUAAUAAUAAUGGUUUAAUAAUUUAAGUAGGAUGAGGAAGGCCCAGACUACAAUUUGCAUUCAAAAAAUCAUAUUAUUAUUAUUGUUUAUUAUGACUAGAAUAAAGAAGGCCCUGAUGACAAUUGGCAUUAUUAUUAUUAUUAUUAUUAUUAUUAUUAUUAUUAUUAUUAUUAUUAUUACAUAGUUUAAAGAAGGCCCUGAUGACAAUUGGCAUUAUUAUUAUUAUUAUUACUAUUACUAUUUAGCAGUUUAAAGAAGGCUCUGAUGACAAUUGGCAUUCAAGUCAUUGCAGGGCCAGUCACUAAUAAUAAUAAUUUAGUAGGAUGAGGAAGGCCCAGACUACAAUUUGCAUUUAAUUCAUUAUUAUUAUUAUUAUUAUUAUUAUUAUUAUUAUUAUUAUUAUUUAUUUAGCAACUUGAUUAGAAUAUAGAAGGCCAUGAUAACAAUUAGCAUUCAAUUCAUUGCAGGGCCAGUCACUAAUAAUAAUAAUUUAGUAGAAUGAGGAAGGCCCAGACUACAAUUUGCAUUCAAUUCAUCAUCAUCAUCAUAUUAUUAUUAUUAUUGGUUAUUAUUAUUAUUAUUAUUAUUUAGCAGUUUGACUCGAAUAAAGAAGUGCAAGGAAGAGGCCACAUGUAUCUUAAACAAUGGUGCUUUCAUGUCUCUGACCCUGAUAAUAAUAAUAAUAAUAAUAAUAAUAAUAAUCUUAGACAGUCCUAGACACUUGGGAAGUGUUCGACUUGUGAUUUUGUGAUAUGAAAUCCAGCAUAUCUAUCUUGUUUGCUGUGUAAUAAUAAUAAUAAUAAUAAUAAUAAUAAUAAUAAUAAUAAUAGGAAUUUAGCAAGCCUCUAUUCGAUAUGUCUGUGUGGCGAAGGGCAAUGAAACAUUAAAAAAGCAAAAAUGGUGGCCGUGGCAAGAAGAAGAAACUGAGAAAGAGGUCCUCUGCAGCUCCAUCUACACUGCAAUUUAAUCCAGUUUCUGAAUCUAGAUGAUUUUAGGAUUAUACGGCAGCAUAGAUCCAUCUUGUGUCGACUUUGCAGUUAGGACUGGGAUUUUGAAAACUCAGUGUGAAGAUGAAUGGCGGAAACGUGUGUCUUUUGUCUGUGGGUGGAAAAAACAACAACACGGCGGCCAUUUUGUGGCGCUUUAUGAGGCAAUUCCCAUUGGAAGGAAUCCCAGCUAAAAAAUGGAGGGAGGAAGCUGUGGGAAAGAUGUCCUCUAAGACCCCAUCUACAUUGUGAUGUAAUCCACUUUGAGGGGUUUUGAAAACCCAAUGUGAAGAUGAAUGGCGGAAAUGUGUGCUUUUUGUCUGUAGGGGAAAAAAAACAACACAGCGGCCAUUUUUUGGCAAUUUCAAAACCACAAAAUGGAGGGAGGAAGCUGUGUGGAAAAGCAACAACAACGGCAGGCCCCAAAUCCAACAAUAACAACGUGGUUAAUUGUCAUUAAAAGAGAAGGCAGGCCUCCAAAGUAGUGAACAAAUGGCUCUUGGUUUCUUUGGCGGCCAUCUUCCUUCCUUCUUCCCCUCAGUCCGCCAUCUUGGAUCCACCUCAGACAAAUAAUGUAUUUCUAAACAUAUUUUUUGGGGGGAAAUCCCACACCUUUUACAUUAGUUUGCUCUCCCAAAAGGCUAUUAAAAUAAAAUAAUCAUUAUAAUGAUGAUUUUUAUUUAUCCUCACUAAUUUCAAAGGAUUUGGUCACUUUUUUGGUUCUUUGGUUUCAAGCGAAUUGAGUGAGGUCAUUUUCUCUUUGCUCAAGUCCCUGAGAGAAAGACUUGGAGUGAAAUAAAUUCGAAAUUAUUUUCCGAAGACAUGAAGAGAAAUUUCCCUGAGAAUACCGGCCGGACUACAGCAGGCUGCCUUCCUGUCCCUUUGUUCAACCAGAGAAAAAGGACCCGGCAGCCGCUCACAUCGAACCCGCUUCAAAACGAGCUCAGUUCCAACAACAAUGCUGAUAAUUUCGAUUUUUCUGCCAUGCUUGCAGAUUUCGGAUGGGAAACCACCAAGCCGGAAACAACUCCCUUGCAGAAAACAAGACAUGAAAAUGCCCCAAAGUCUAGUGCGUCACAAGCAGGAAGGAACUGGAGCCUGAAGGAGAACAGUUCCAAUGCAAACAUUUGGAAAAGGAAUGACUUUUCUCCUGCUUUUGGGAGAGGAACAGAAAGCAGACAGAGUUCGCAGCCCGAGACCAGGUCGGAUUGCUGGAAGGGAAGUGGACCAAAACAACUCAAAUUGGCUGUGAAUCCCAAGGCAUUGCCACAAAGCAGCAACAAGGCAGGAACGAUGGCAAAAAGUGGUUCAUCCGCAUCCACCUUGCUGAGAGGUGCAGCGUACUCCUUUAAACCCAAUCCUUGCCGACAGGAAGCAGAUGAGAAAACAGACAAGCCCAUGUUUUCAGAUGACAACACUAUGCAGAAAGGGCCGGUGCUUUACUCCAAGCUGAAAGAAAAAGGCAACACUCUGAGAAUUCUCUCUGCUGUCAUUGAAAGUAUGAAGCACUGGAGCCAGUUUGCCGAAAAAACCCCACUGCUGUUUGAGGUUUUGGGUGUCCUGGAUUCUGCAGUUACCCCUGGGCCGUAUGGUGCAAAGAAUUUCCUUUUGCGUGAUGGGAAGGAGAGUGUGCCAUGCGUCUUCUAUGAGAUUGAUCGGGACCUCCCAAGGCUGAUCCGGGGCCGGGUCCACCGCUGCAUGGGGAACUAUGACGCCAAGAAGAAGCUCCUGCGCUGCGUUUCAGUGCGCCCGGCCACCGCAGAUGAGGAGCACACUUUCCAAGAUUUUGUCCAGGUUGCGGACCUCGAGAUGGGCAAAUACGAGAAAACGAGCCGCGAAGUGUAGGCCGUUUGUGCCAUAGGUUCAAGCGACGAAGCAAAGGCCUCAAUUCCUAGCUGUCUAUCAUUUGAGCGACACAAAUUGAAAUGUCUAUAAAGUUUUGACCAUCUAGGACUCAUAUGAGUCCUGUUAGCAUCCUUGUUAUGUGCUACCUUAUUAUUAUUAUUAUUAUUAUUAUUAUUAUUAUUAUUAUUAUUAAUUACCUUAAAAAUAAACUACUUGUUUCUGUUACGGUUUC